AUGACAUUCAGUGCCGAUACGAGUGGACCGUCCCCUCCCUCUGCCAGCAGCACCUCCAGCACACCCAAGACCUGCUGCCAACGUAUCACCUCCCUCCGCAUCGCACAGCUCAAGCUGAACCUGCAGCUGAGAAUCUGCGGGAACUCGGACGACUUUGUGGCUGUCAGGAAGCACAUUGCUGACAGGCUGCAGCUGGUGGACGUGGAGCUGGAGGAGCAGCAGAGGAGUCAGAGGGACCUCAAAUCGUUGGAGGAGGGAGGAGGUGACAAGUCCCUGCUCUCCGCGUCUUGCUCGCUCGUGCAGUCGAUGAUCGCACGAUCAUGGUCCCAGUGGAGCAUGACGAGCUUCUUGAAGCAGCUACAGCACAUGGGGUCGGCGAGGAGGAGGAGAGUGUUGGCGAGCAUGAGCAGGGACAGGGAGGAGCUGACGGCGCGAGAGAACGAGAGCAGUAAGGACAGCAGAGACAGCCUGGUCGUCUUCUCCUCCUCCUUCUCCUCCUCCUCGUUCACCGCCUCCUCCUUUGUCCCCCAGCUCUCGGCCAACGACAGGCAGCUGAAGUUCGAGCUGGAGGUGCUGCGGGGGGAGCUGAACAUCGAGGAGAAGCCGGAUGACAACGACGGUUACAAGUUUGACAGAUCCGUUUACAACCUGGUGCUCAGUCACACGGAGAACACCAACUUGGUCUUUGAGCAUCUGAAGAAGAGAUUGGCGACAAACAGAGUGAACAAAACAUGGCGAGUGAAGGCGGAAGAAAAGCGGCAGAAGCUGUUUCCGAGUUACCUCCAGCGGUCGUCUACCAGCGCAGACAUCAAGAACGUGGGAGAAGAAAUCGAUGUUGACAUCCGCAUCAAUUCUCCUCUCUAUGCUGUUCUCAACCUGAGCCAACCUUCUGCUAUGGGUGCGGCGUUGAAGCAGAUUGCAGCAACUCACAACUCCAGGUUGAAUGAGUGUUUGAAGAACCCCAUCGUUGCCCAUUUCGUCAAAAGUCAAAUAGACAUGGAGGUUUUCGGCCGCAAUUCCGUCGAGCUCAAUCCUGAGUACCUCAAGAAACAACUCGCAACCUGGACGGCGAUGCUUCGAUCAUGGGAGAACGACAAGUUCGAAGACAUCAAUCUCGAUCAGCAGGAGUGGAGGACGAUGAUUGCAGACUACCACGAGUUCCAUGUUGAUGAGAAUGGAGUUGUGCACAGUCAUGACAAGGAAGGGUAUGAUGUGAUCUACGAAGAUACUGUCGACUUGUUCUACAAGCUCGAGACAAGACUGCUGCUGAUUGCAACUCAUUACAUCAGGAUGGCAGAGACAGAGUGCUUGCCAGACAAAGUCAGGUGCCUCCAUAGCGCUUUCACAUGCGAGCUCGCGUUCCAAGAAGCGAAACUAAACCUCAUCGUUGCUCUUCUCGACACGUUCCAUCACUGUGUUGAUGUUGACGACUUGCGGGAGAUCAUUCAGAAGAUCGUUGACCUGAUACACUUACAAGUUCCCAUCAGUCUCAGCUCUCCCUUCAUCACAUCAGCGUACAACCUGCAGAUCUCAACACUGAAGAAGAAGACAGAGCUUCUUGAGGGCCUGAUGGUGAACAUUCGGAACGAUCAGAGGCUGUACAGCAAACAACUCUCCUCCCUCUUUUCCCCGGACUUUUCAACCAGUGGCCUCCCCCUCCCUGUCUUCACAAUCUCUCAGGCCAUGACAGCUCGCAUCUCCAGUCUGCACGUUCAUCGUAUCUUGUCUACUCAACCAGUCUCUCAUCAUAUCUUGGGAGAGCUCUGCUCCUCCCUGUCCCGCGUCCACACCUGCCUCGAUGUUUGUGACUAUGUUGCUGAUGACAUCGUGACAGGACUGAGCUGCAGUACGGGAUUAGUCUGGCUCAGCGCGGCAAAGAACGUUACGCAGGAAGCAUGCGAUCUUUUGAAAACUUGUGUCGAGAGUUCUACCAAGAGCUGGAUCCAGAGAGUUGAGUUUGCAGACAAUCCGUUUGUUGUUGUUCAAGUCCUAGAAGCUGCAAUCUUGGGAGAUCGCAACAAGAACCUUCCAAUCGCUCAAAGGCAGUUUGUACAUGCCAAGAGGAUGGUUGAUAUCAUAUCCACAAGGUCUUGUUUGUGUUGUUGUCUUGCUUCUUUCUGA